CGAAGGCUCCAAUACAUAUGCUCUUUGCCUGCCUCCAAGACAACAGUUCCCUUGCCCUCUUCCAACCAUCUCCUCCCCCCUCUCGUCUUCCUCCCUUCACCACCUCCAGGUACAAGUAAGCCAUAGUUAAUGCAAGGCUUGGUGCCCCUUGGAGCUGCUGCUUCUCUACAAAUACAUUGCGCGCCAUGGACGGCGACUUGAAGGCGCUGAGGUAAAGAACUGCGGCAUCUAGAGCCGGGCCUGCUAAAAGCUUGGUUGAUUAACUGGUUCAGUUUUCUGGAGUAGAAAAGAGAGACAAAGGUGGGGAAGCUUCUACAAUACUGCCACAAGAAAACUCGGCUCCUGGAAGAGCGCAAAUGGAUAGCGGAGACGAAUACAACGCUAUAUUCGCAGCCACAAUUGCCGCAGCGGCAUACGCAAUCGCAGCAGAAGAAGAGAAACAGAAGGCCAGCCCUGUUCAGCUGCCAUCCAAGAGAGGUGAAAGCAUGAGAAAGCCUACAGGAGGCAGCAAGAUCUCAAGAUGGUUCAGUGCCAAAGAGCGUGCAGAAGAUGCUGACGAGGGACCAGCCAACGUAUCGGUAAGGAGGCCACUGAAACCAGAACAGAGGAAGCCCGGAGGCACGGGUUCAGACCAGAAGGUGCCAUUGCCACUUCCACCAAAGAUGCAUGAUUCUUCUGUGGGAGCAAAAAAGGCUCCAGGAUCCUCCAGAAAAUCACCAGAGAAGAAAGGAAGCAAGAGGUUUGAGCAGGAGCAGGCAGUUCAGAGGGUACCAACCGCUGUCAGGCCAGCAACAUCAUAUCAGUCUAGGCGGAACGACGAUGGCGCAGCAGGAGUAACUGCUAUUGCCGGCACACAGAGCAAGGCUGAUGCAUGGGAGAAGGAAAGGCUUGCUAGAGUCAGGGAGGAGUACGAAAAGAUGAUGGAAACCAUAGCCGAGUGGGAGACUGAGAAGAAGGUGAAGGCCAAGCGCCAAAAAGAACAGAAAGAGGUUGCGUUGGACAGAAAGAGAGCGAAACAAUUGGCAGAGUACAAUCAGGAAAUGACAAGGAUCAACAAAAUCGCUGGAGGAGCAAGGUCAAUGGCAGGGGAAAGGAAAUACGAGGAUGAGAAAAAGAUCAGAGAGAAGGCCAAGAAGAUACGAUCAACAGGAAAGUCUCCCCGUGGAUGCUGCUUUUGAGACAUUGCCAUUCUACAAAAUUUGAAACGAAAUGGACGGCAUGACUUGAAUGUGAUAUAAGUCUCACAACAGCCAUGUACUGUAUCGUAUUAUAAAAUGUAUUUGUUUUGAUGAGUGAUAAGAGUGUAGAGUUGCAUCCAACAUGCAAUUGCAUUGUAUCAGGAUCAACAUAAGAAAGUUUGAAGGGUGUGGAUGAUGAAAAGUACCAUGGAAUUAUCUGUGCAUGCAUCUUCAAGAUGAAGCAGGGACUGUAAGAAAAUAAGCAUUGCAACAGCACACGUUUAGGAGCUCCCCUGCAUCCAAGGCCAAUAACAUACAAAUACACCCACCAGGAUAGCAAAUUCAAACCCAAGAUUAAGAGCAGCAUGCUUGUAACAAGUUUCAAACCAACACUCUUGUAUUAUAGAACUUCGUAAAUCCAAGCCAACAAAAGCACACUUGGU